GACAGACGCCACAUAAUCCAAGGUACACAACCAACCAAGGACUCCCGCGCAAGAAAUAGUGAUCAACACGACGCAUCUAUCUGUCAGACUUGCUUGUCACACUUCUACCUAGCCUUUUGCUACUUAAACACUCGAGGCCCCAACUCUUCAUCUUCAUCCAAGCUGUCCAGUCCUGACCCUCGUGUCUCUCUCAACCAAACUCAACACAUCACUACCAACGGCUAUUGCCUACCCGCCUUCUAUACAACAAACAAAGUCAUCAUACUUUACCGCUGCUCAAAUAUUGUUACAAUACCCACACACAGACUUUUGUUAAUUUACUUGACCUCACUUCACUCUACCAUCACACAGCCAACCUCAACCAGUCUCCAAACGACCAAAACCUUCUGGUUGCCUCGUCCAACCACAGCCGCUGCAAUCAACAAACAACAAAAUGGCCGUCAAGGAGCACCAACCACUUGUGAACCACUGCUGCACAUUCUGCUGCAAGGCAGUCGAUUUCGGCACCCAUGACUACUGCGGAGAAUACUCUGCAUGUCACAGAUGCCCUUCACACUAGGCAAUCGCCCAAGGCGUUGUCCGGGCACAGGCUGAGUCUUGGUAGAGCUCAGCUCUCACGGCCAUAGCACCAGGCUACUAUUUUUCUCCUUCUUUUCUUUGAUUCACAGGCAACAUCCAUGCACUUACAUGCAUGACUGCAUGAACUCGGGUUGCGGACCAUUCGGCACGGAUUACACGCGGGCGUCCGUCUUUGAACACAGCCAAACACGCCGUAGGAAUUCGGGCGCUGUAGAUUGGCACCUGUUUGCCAAUGAACUUUUGAGGCUCACCAAUGGUGCCUCGCUGCUGUCGUUCACGGACUUUUUGUUAUCUGGUUUUUUUCUUUUUCUCUUUUUUUUUCCGUUACGCCCCAUACAUUUGACUCAUACACAUUCGCUUAAGCGAGGGAGAUACCCAGGCGUACUUUUUUGGCAGAGGAACAGGAGCUUUGUUACUUCAUUUUUUCCAUCAUCUAUUGUCUUUAGCUUUUUUACAUGGCGACGGCGCGAGCAUUCUUGUUGUUAGUACUUUCGCUUAGUUCUCAAUCUGAGAAGUCAAGUCUAGCCGCAAAGGAAGUCCUAAAAGUUUCCCUUGCGGGCUUGUCAUUGAAACAGUGCAGAGUAGAACCGGCUCGGUUGAACAUGCCACUUACAUAACAUCCGUUCCUUUUCCGUUUCUAGGCUGCACCAAGCCCAGUAUCACAUCAGCGGG